CCACAAAAACCGGAUAACACGAAAAUCUAGAGCAUGGAAACCGAAAUCCAAGGAUUUUUUAGGAACAAGACCGUUUUUAUAACUGGCGGCACAGGAUUUUUAGGAAAAGUGGUAAUCGAGAAACUAUUGCGAACCACAGAGGUAAAGAAAAUAUAUUCCCUGACAAGGGAGAAACGUGGCAAGGACAUCAAGGAGCGUGUUGAGAUUUGGCAGAGUGAUCCAUUUUUCAAAACUCUUCUGGAUACCAAACCUUCGGCAUUCGAUCGAGUGCUAGCCGUUGCUGGAAACUGCUUGGCACCGGAUUUGGGGCUCAGUGAAGGGGACCGAAGAAUCCUUACCUCUGAAGUGCAGAUCGUAAUCCAUGGAGCAGCCACCGUUCGAUUCAAUGAACCGCUGCAUGUGGCGCUGGCAAUCAACACUCGUGCCUCCCGGCUGAUUCUCCAACUGGCUAGGGACAUGAAGCAGUUAGUCGCAUAUUCGCACGUUUCUACAACGUUCUCAAACUGUGUCAUCUUUCGGGUCAAGGAAAUCUUUUAUCCGGAACACCUAACCUGUGGGUCAGACAAGGUUUUGGCUAUGAGCGAGUUAGUUAGCCCCCAAGUUCUGGAUGGCAUGGAAUCGGCCCUAAAAGGCUCAUUUCCGAAUACCUAUACUUAUACAAAGGCCUUGGCAGAGGACGUAGUACUUAGGGAAUCGGAAGGUCUUCCUAUUAGCGUUUUUCGACCUGCUAUAAUAACUGCCACUUGGAAGGACCCAGUAGCUGGGUUCAUAGACAACUUGUACGGGCCAACAGCAAUCGGCUUUGGUUCUGGACGCGGUGUCCUGCGACUGACCAACUUCAAAAGGAACCAUCGUGGUAAUAUCGUUCCAGUUGACUUUUGUGCCAAUUUGAUAUUGGCAUCCUUGUGGCACACUGCUAACAUGUAUGCAAAGAUCCCCAGAAACCCAAAGGACCACCUUCCUAUAUACGCUCUCGCACCCACUGAAAGAAAUGAUCUGUUUUCAUCGGACAUAGCCGAAAUUGGACUAAACUAUCGCGACAAAUUGCCAAUGACUAAAAUGAUUUGGUAUCCAUUCUGCAUUAAUAUCCCCUCACCACGGCUCUUUUCUAUUUUCGCAUUCUUCUAUCAUACUCUUCCCGGGUACUUCUUCGACCUGGGACUAAAAAUUUCCGGAAGAAAACCGAGAUUGGGAAAAAUUUACACAAAGCUUCAUUCCGGCUUGGCCCAUUUGACAUAUUUUUUGCAAAAUGAUUUUUACUUUGACAUCAAGAACUCGGAGCAGCUUCUAUCCCUGAUGUCCCCGGAAGAUCGAAGAUUAUACGACUUCGAUAUGAAUAGUGUGGACUGGAGAGACUACUUUGAUAAAGGCAUUAAAGGCAUGAGGUUUUACCUGGCAAAGGAAGAGCCGACUGAAGAGUCUAUUCAGCGGGGUCGCCGCUUACUAAAAAAGUUAAAGUUCUUGCACUACAGCUUGAUGACCGUACUUUGUUGCAUCUUUGGAAUAUUGUUGUGGCUUCUGGUUGGAUUUAUGGGAUUUAUUUGAUAAGGUGUUGAUUUUAACAUAAAUAAAAGUUGCGACCAAAUAAA